CAGGAUAGAUUCUCCUAUUCUCUACGGAAGUGUCAUCUGCAAAGUUGAAGGAAAGGAAAAGCAUAGUGAUUCUGGGUGUGAUCCUGAGUGUUUUAUGUGACAGACGGAUGCUGAGUUUCUAACUCCAUCAUUCUAGAUUGUUGAACCUGAACUGGAACUGCUACCUUACUAGGUUUGCUGGGAUGGGUAAUCUUCUUAAGGUCCUUACCAGGGAAAUUGAAAACUAUCCACAUUUUUUCCUGGAUUUUGAAAAUGCACAGCCUACAGAUGGAGAAAGGGAGGUAUGGAAUCAGAUCAAUGCAGUUUUACAGGAUUCUGAAAGCUUGCUUGCAGACCUUCAGGCUUACAAAGGAGCUGGACAAGAAAUAAGAGAUGCAAUACAAAACCCAAAUGAUAUCCAACUUCAAGAAAAAGCUUGGAAUUCAGUGUGUCCUCUGGUUCUGAGGCUGAAGCAGUUUUAUGAGUUUUCACUCAGACUAGAGAAAGCACUACAGAGCUUAUUGGAAUCAUUGACCUGUCCACCCUAUACUCCAACUCAACACCUGGAACGAGAACAGGCUCUAGCCAAGGAGUUUGCAGAAAUCUUACAUUUUACUCUCCGCUUUGAUGAACUUAAGAUGAGAAAUCCAGCCAUUCAAAAUGACUUCAGUUACUACAGACGGACAAUAAAUCGCAACAGAAUAAACAAUAUGCAUAUAGACAUUGAGAAUGAAGUAAAUAAUGAAAUGGCCAACAGAAUGUCUCUAUUUUAUGCAGAAGCCACACCAAUGCUGAAAACACUCAGCAGUGCCACAACACACUUUGUAUCAGAAAACAAGACCCUACCGAUUGAGAAUACAACAGACUGUUUAAGUACUAUGGCCAGUGUAUGUAAAGUCAUGUUGGAAACACCAGAAUACAGAAGUCGGUUCACCAGUGAAAAGACUCUUAUGUUCUGCAUGAGAGUAAUGGUGGGCGUUAUUAUUCUCUAUGAUCAUGUUCAUCCUGUGGGAGCUUUUUCUAAGACAUCAAAGAUUGACAUGAAGGGGUACAUAAAAGUUUUAAAGGAACAGCCUCCUGAUACCGUGGAAGGCCUUCUGAAUGCUCUCAGGUUCACUACAAAACACCUGAAUGAUGAAUCUACUUCCAAGCAAAUUCGAGCUAUGCUUCAGUAGUCCCUUCUGAGACAAGUGGAUCUAUGUAUUGAUCACAGAAGAUGUGUAUGUUUACAUAAUUUAAUACAGAUUGGUGUUAAUACUUGUGUGUAUGUUCUUCACAUCACUGAAAUCUAUGAAUCUUUAGUCAUAACAUGACUGACUUUAUAUAGCACAAUCUCCAUUUACAUGUUGGCCUUAUCUUUUUACAUUUUACUUCAGCUACAUCUAUAACUGUCUGUUGUUGUCUGUAUUUGUUUAAUCCAAAAAAGCCGCCUCUUUCACAGAAGUAAGCAGUAGUAAGGACAAAAUGGAGGUCAAAAAGACUAAACCCUAGGGGGGAAAUCUUGCAGGAGAAAUUGAAUGUGAAUUAAAAGUGAAAUUGUCUCAUUUCUUUUUUAGUGUGCUGUUGGAAAUUUAGUUUUACAUAAAGAUCUCCAUUGAAUUUUUAUGGAAUGAAGGUCAUUUGAAUGUUCAGCACCAUUGCAUGAGACACAACAUGUUUUGUAUUAGGCAGAAGGAAAAGUGGCCACCUACUGCUCAUUCUUGCUUGGCUGAUAACAGCCAACACAUUCUCUUGCCAAAGACGACAUUGUGUCUCUUCGGUUUAUUAUGUAACCCUUGCCGUUCCACAGUUGAGAAAUUAAUAUCCUGUUUCAGGUUUAAUGUAGUUACUUAUAAAAUGCAGUUCAAGACUAUCCUGAGAUUCAGACAAGCUUGUAUUACUGAAUAAGAAAAAUACUUUUAGGCCUAAUGCCUGAAGCUUGGAGAAUAAUGAGGAAGUACUAAAGCCUUGUGUACAUUAGAAAGCUUAUGCCAGUUCCCCAAAUGAAAUCUAAGGGUCUGUCUACACUGAAAUGAACCACCUGCAGCUGGCCCAGGUCAACUGACACGGUCUCAAAGGGCAUGGGCUGCAGGCUAUAAAAUAGCAGUGAAGAUGUUGGGUCUUGGGUUGGAGCCCAGGACCCUUCCCCCCUUGCGGGGUCCCAAAUCCUGGGUUCUAACCAGUGGCGUAGGCAGGUGGAGGGAACAGGGGGAGC